AUGGGGGAUUCGGAGAAUUCAAUGAGUGAGCCUGACAAAAAGCGACCCAAGCUGGAAACAACAGGGCCCACCACGCCUGUCGUUCUUGAGGAGUUUGGAGAUUUGCAACUCAGAGUUGGAUCCGAUCAUACUGACCAGACCACCAUCUUCCUCGUCUGCUCCAGGACGGUAGCAAGAUCGUCGCCGGUGCUGAAGAGAAUGCUCUAUGGGGGUUUCGCGGAGUCCUUAAGCGCCCAAACAAAGAAGGAGAACUGGGUGGUCGACUUACCCGACGACAGACCUGACUCUUUCAAGAUCUUUCUCCAUGUCAUGCAUGGUCACUUCGACCAAGUACCGUCGAGAACCGCAAUUGACAACUUGUACCUACUCCUGGUACUGCUUGACAAGUACGACAGCAUCGGCCUCAUUCGCCCAUGGGCAAAGCCCUGGCUCAAAGGUAUCAAGACAUCGGAAAGCUUGCCAUUGGCAUUGUACAUCGCAUGGAACCUUGGCCACAAGGAGACUUUCCAAUCAAAGAUGACGAAAAUCAUCCACGCAUCCUUCAUCGACGAGCAAGGUAGCCUGUCGUAUGAACAGAAUUGCCGAUCGAAGGAAACCGGUGCAUGGAGCGUACACCACAUCAAGCUCGCAGCCGAUCUGGACAAUUGGGGACCCUCAGACGCUCUAGACACCAUCCGUGAAAUGCGCCACAAGUUGGUGAGCAUUCAGUUUGAGCCGUACAUUCAACUCUACAAAUCUCUCAUCUCCGAGCAGGGACUAUGCCGCUACCGAGCUAGGGUGAAGCCCUAUCUCCUGGAAGCCGGAAUGAGAUGUGACUCAGUAGCUCUGGGAUCUAUGAUCAGGGAGUGCUUGCUCCAGGGCAUUGAUAUCAUGGCUCAAGACCCAGUGGAAGCUCAUCGCGGGCCUGUGCGUCAACUGGAAGACAAGCUCGCUGCAUUGAAAAUCUUCGUCGGAGAGAGCAACGACAAAACUGAGCAUAGCAUCUGCAGGAGAAAUCUUACGAAAUAUCGGGACAACAUUUCCGCAGACAACGAACGGAAGACAGCAGAGGCGCUCGUGCUGAAACCUCAAUACCAAGCCCGGAUGGAAGCGCAGGCGAAGAAGACAGGCAUUUGCGAUGCUCGUUGA